CGUUUCGCUCUCUCUCUCACUCUCUUCUCUUCAUCUCCAACUUCCUUCCACUGUACACGCGUCAACCUAAUUCCCUUUAAAUUAAAAACAUUCAAACCAGACCUCGUUCUUUAUCAUAUCUCAGAUUCCAAACACCAGCGACUUCCCUGACGUUACGCUUUUAUAUUAUAAUAUUAUAUAUAAUAACAGUGAAUAUUUUAUUCGCCGGGAGUUGCUAUAGCUGUCAGCCUCGGAUGGAUUUCUCACUCAAGAAAUCCUUCAAAUCUAUUGGCUCCAGUAAACACAUCUCUGCUGAAGCAGACCACAGCAGCCACGAGAUGCUCCCCAUUCUACUGGAUCACCACAACGAACAGCACGCAAUGAGUGCCGUCGAUUCCUCCGACCGCCGCGAGGUCAUCGUCAAGAUCGACGAGGGCGGCGCUUCCUCCACCACUACAGAAGCCGACCCCGCCAAACGCGGCGCCGGGAUUUGGCGGGAGUCCAGUAUCGAUUUCUGGAAGGACGACGGGAGCAAUGUCGGCGCCGGCGGGGAAUUUGAGUUUGCUCAGAAGAAGAAGACGGCGGCGCAGACGGAGGAGGAGGAGGAUCCGCCGUCGAAGCUGAUAGGGAGGUUCCUGCACAAGCAGAGAGCGUCCGGCGACUCGUCGUUGGAUAUGGAUUUGGAGAUGGCCGAGCUACGGCCGCAGGAUUUGCCGCCGCUGGCGGAGUCUCCGAGGAACUCACGCACGUCGAGGGAGAUCAAGGUGUCGUUCCAGUCGUUCCAGUCGCCGGCGUCGGACGUCGCCGAGACCGAGUCUGUUCGGCGGCGGCGCAAGGACCCCGACGACGAGGAACGACGUCGUAGCAGUCGACUGAGUGACGGCGGCGCCGACGUCAUUAGGUGCUCGUCGAACGCGUCGUUUAAGAGCAGGUCCGAUUUGUUGAGGCUGAAGACGAGGUCUAGAUUGAUGGACCCGCCCGAGGGGUGGGACGAGGGUCCGGGUCGGGUCCCGAAAUCGGGUAUGAUGAGGUCUGGGAUGUUGGGCCGGGGCGGAGGUGACGAUGAGGAGGACGACCCGUUUUUGGAGGAGGAUUUGCCUGAUGAGUACAAGAGGGCAAAGUUCAAUGCAGUGACUCUGCUCCAGUGGAUCAGUUUGGUUUUGAUUAUUGGGGCAUUGGCUUGCACUCUUUCCAUAAGAGUUUUGAGGGAGAUGAAUCUGUGGAAAUUGAAGCUGUGGAAAUGGGAGGUGCUGAUUUUGGUUUCGAUUUGUGGGAGGCUGGUUUCGGGUUGGAUGAUAAGGAUUAUGGUGUUCUUUGUGGAGAGGAACUUCAUUUUGAGGAAGAGGGUGCUGUAUUUUGUUUAUGGGAUCAGGAAGCCUGUUCAGAACUGUAUUUGGCUUGGCCUUGUUUUGACGGGUUGGCAUUUCUUGCUGAUCAGGAAGGUUGAGAAGGAAACCAAUGGUAGGAUCCUUGAGUAUGUGACUAAAGUGUUGCUUUGUCUCUUGAUUGGGGGUUUGAUUUGGUUGGUGAAGACCCUGGUUGUAAAGGUGCUUGCUUCGUCUUUCCAUGUUAGAUCGUAUUUUGAUCGGAUUCAGGAUGCGCUUUUUAAUCAGUAUGUGAUCCAAACACUGUCGGGGCGGCCUUGGAUUGAGAUAAAAAAUGCAGAGGAUGAAGAGGAGAGACUUGCUGAUGAGGUUAGGAAGCUACAGAAUGCUGGGGCUAAUAUGCCUCCUGACCUCAGGGCAAGUGCAUUUCCUUCUGGGACAACUGGGAAGGCGGUUGGGAAUGGCUCUGGUAGAAGUGGGCGGUUGAUUGCUGCAAGUGGAGGGCUUGUGGGGAAGAGUGGCAUGUUUUCAAAGCCACCUUCCAAGAAGUCAGGGGAGGUUGGGAUCACAAUUGAUCACUUGCAUAGGCUCAAUCCAAAGAAUGUGUCUGCUUGGAAUAUGAAGAGGCUAAUGAAUAUAGUAAAAUAUGGGCAUCUUACCACACUGGAUGAGCAGAUUCUGGAUUCCACCAAGGAUGAGGGUGAGGGUGAUACUGAGAUCAAAAGUGAAGUUGAGGCAAAGGCUGCCGCGAAAAAGAUAUUUCGCAAUGUGGCUAGGCCUGGCUCCAAGCACAUCUACCUGGAGGAUUUGUUGCGUUUCAUGCAAGAAGAUGAGGCUUUAAAGACCAUGAGUCUCUUUGAAGGGGCCUCUGACAGCAAGAGAAUCAGCAAAACUUCCUUGAAAAAUUGGGUGGUCAAUUGCUUUAGAGAACGGAGAGCACUUGCUUUGACUCUAACUGACACCAAAACAGCGGUGAACAGACUUCGACGCGUGGUGGACGUAUUAGUUAGCAUUAUUAUUAUAAUUAUAUGGCUGCUUGUGCUGGAUAUUGUCACCAGAGCCAAUAUUGUUUAUGCAACUUCUCAGCUUGUGAUUGUGGCAUUUGUUUUUGGUAACUCAUGCAAGACAGUCUUUGAAGCAGUCAUAUUUCUAUUUGUGAUGCACCCCUUUGACGUGGGAGAUCGAUGUGAAAUUGAAGGAGUUCAGAUGGUUGUAGAGGAGAUGAAUAUCUUAACUACAGUUUUUCUAAGGUAUGACAACGUAAAAAUCGUGUACCCAAACAGUACCCUUGCAACUAAGCCCAUCAAUAACUUCUAUCGUAGUCCGGACUCAGGAGAUGCUGUUGAGUUCUGUGUCCAUAUAGCCACUCCAGCAGAUAAGAUUGCUGUUAUGAAGCAAAGAAUGAUAAGUUACAUUGAAAAUAAGAAGGAGCACUGGUAUCCUGCACCAAUGUUCAUAUUAAAGGAAGUGGAAGAAUUAAAUAGGAUGAGGUUUGCCAUAUGGCUGUCACAUAGAAUGAACUUCCAAGACAUGGGAGAAAAGUGGGCAAGGAGAGCCCUUUUACUUGAAGAGAUAGUACGGAUCCUCCAGGAGCUUGACAUUGAGUAUCGUUUGCGGCCCAUUGACAUAAACGUCCGUGGCAUGCCUCCCACGGCCUCCACUCUGCCUCCCUCUAAUUUCACAGCAACCACAAGCUGAGUGAGGAACGAGGAAAUCCAAAGUCUGACCUCCCCGACGAGCAUAUACAUAUGCCCUAGACCCCUUGGCGAUUUGCAGAACCACAGAGUAGGGAGCUCAGUUCAUGCAGGAGGAUCUCAUAGAGAAGGGAGAGGAUGAUAUCCGUCGACACGGUUUGAUGGAUUGAUCUCAAGUUAGUUGUUUACGAUCUUGAACUAAAGCAAAAUGGAGUAAAAGUUCUGUUUGAUUUUGCAGAUGGCAGUAUUGCUAAUUAGAAUUAUUGCUACUCAUAUUUAUCCUCAUAUAUAUGUAAUAUGCUUAUGUAUAUGUAAUUAUAUCUAUUUCUUUAA